AUGGCUGGUAAGGUGAAAUGGGUGACUGACAUAGAGAAGUCUGUGCUCAUCAACAACUUUGAAAAGAGAGGAUGGAUCCAAGUGUCUGAUACCGAGGACUGGAACUUCUACUGGAUGAGUGUCCAGACCAUCCGGAGUGUCUUCAGCGUGGACACCGGGUACCGCCUGUCGGACGACCAGAUGGUCAACCACUUCCCCAACCACUACGAGCUCACCCGGAAGGACCUGAUGAUCAAGAACAUCAAACGCUACAGGAAGGAGCUGGAGAAGGAGGGCAGCCCGCUGGCAGAGAAGGACGAAAAUGGGAAAUACCUCUAUCUAGACUUUGUCCCUGUGACGUUCAUGCUCCCAUCGGACUACAACCUGUUCGUGGAGGAGUUCCGGAAGAGCCCGUCCAGCACCUGGAUCAUGAAGCCGUGCGGGAAGGCCCAGGGCAAAGGCAUAUUCCUCAUCAACAAACUGUCCCAGAUAAAGAAGUGGUCGCGGGACAGCCGAACCUCCACGUUUGUGGCGGCCUCUAGUGGUAAAGAAGCAUAUGUCAUUUCCCUGUACAUCGACAAUCCACUGCUAAUCGGUGGGAAGAAGUUUGACCUGCGUCUCUACGUGCUGGUAACGACUUACCGCCCCCUUAAGUGCUACAUGUAUAAACUGGGAUUUUGCAGAUUUUGCACAGUGAAAUAUACUCCCAGCACCAGUGAACUGGACAACAUGUUUGUGCAUCUCACAAACGUAGCUAUACAGAAACAUGGGGAUGACUAUAAUCAUGUCCAUGGGGGCAAGUGGACAGUCAGCAACCUGCGCCUCUACCUGGAGAGCACCAGAGGAAAGGAGGUGACCAACAGGCUGUUUGACCAGAUCUACUGGAUCAUGGUCCAGUCCCUGAAGGCUGUGGCACCAGUCAUGAACAAUGACAAGCACUGUUUCGAAUGCUAUGGCUAUGACAUCAUCAUCGAUGACAAGCUGAAGCCCUGGCUGAUAGAGGUGAACGCCUCUCCCUCGCUCACCUCCAGCACGGCCAAUGACCGCAUCCUGAAAUACAACCUGAUGAACGACACGCUGAACAUUGUCACGCCCAACGGCGAGAUCCCCGACUGCCGCUGGAACCGAAGCCCGCCCAAAGAGGCGCUAGGGAACUACCAAGUUUUGUACGACGAGGAGCAGGCUCAGAGCGAAAGUGCCGAGCGUGACCUGAGGAGCCGCUCUGGACAGUCCCUGGGGUCAAAGGGUACGAGGGCCAACAGCGUGCGCCCCGCGCCAGCCACCUGGAAGUGAUGCACGCAACACAACGGGGGUGUGAAGUCACGCUCAGCGCCCCAAAACGCCCCUCUCUGCCUUUCCUCCCUCCUCCUCUUCCUCCUCCUUCUCAGAGGAAGUGAGGUCAGGGCCGCCGGCCGCCCGGAGACCAGGCCGCUGGAACCCGCCCCGUCCAGCGUUCUGACAACCGUUUGUACCCACACCACAACAAGAGGGGGAGAAAAGAGACAGAGAAAGAGGAACUCCAAAACUGAGAGUACAGUUAUGUAGUAGACCCCUGCAUGAUAUGACCCCCUUCCUUCAGCACAGCCAGUUAGAGAAAGAUAGGGAGAGAGAGAGAGAGAGAGAGAGAGAGAGGAGACCAGCGAGCCUGGUUGUACAGUUUGUUGUUAGGCCCAGCCUGCAUGACUAGCAUGGCGUUGCUCCAGUUCGGCAGUACAGGCACGUAAGAACCUGUGUCUCUCCACAUUGUAAAAGAGCCAAGUGAGCCAGAAUUUUAUUAAGCUUUUUGUAUAUAAGCAAGGACAGCAAGUUAUUAGAGAGUAUGUGUAUGUGUGUUUAAAUGCAAUGUUG